AACACUUUUUACAGGUUUUCCUUUUCUUUUCUUGCUAUUUUUAUAUUACACUAAAAGGGAAAUUAUAUAAAGACCUGUACCAUGUCUUCAAUAGAAUUUUUAGAACAAAAUUCCUGUACUUUUUCUGUGCUGGCUUGCAUUUUUCUAACGUUCUCAUAUGUCGCUAGUUUAUACGUUUGGAAGACCAAAUUGAGCAGAGACCAUCCUUCGACGAUAAAACGAAGGUUUUUCAGUGUAUCAUGCAUGAUGCUUCUGGCACCUUUCUUCACUCAAUAUUUUUUAACUGAAGAGACUAGAACGCGCGGGGAUGUAUAUGAACACUUGGGGCUUCGUACUUCAGGGCUUAUCAGUGCCUCUAUCUUGCCUUUACUUCUAACAGCUAUUUUAUUUUUGGGACCUCUGACUAUGCAAUUUUUAUCAGGCAUCUGGAAACUAUAUGCAGAACCUGUAUACUGGGUAUCCAGCUGGCAGGACUGGGUAUGGGUGAGGAACCAUUUCAUGGCGCCACUGAGUGAAGAGUGGGUCUUCCGUGCCUGCAUGAUGCCACUAUUGCUGCAAUGCGUGAACCCUUUGACUGCUGUUUUCAUAGGCCCAUUGCUUUUUGGUGUUGCUCACUUCCACCACAUGUUUGAGCAGCUGAAGGCCGGGUUUGAGUUUAAAACGGCAUUGAUGAUCUCAACUUUCCAGUUCAUGUAUACAAGUUUGUUUGGGGCAUAUUCUGCAUACCUUUUUGUCAGAACUGGUCAUUUCAUGGCUCCUCUGGUCGCGCACAUGUUCUGCAAUCACAUGGGCUUCCCCAAUUUCGGUGAGAUCUCUCAGUUCCCCCCUCUACAACGAAUCACGAUCAUGUUCAAUUUUCUACUAGGCUUCGUCUUAUGGUGCUACCUGCUCACACCUUUGACCAGCCCUGAUAUCUACGACAACAGAUUGUACUAUGAAACGUGAAUGGAUGUUACUUCGUAAGUAGUUCAUUCUCAGUUUCUGUAUUACUAUGAUAAGUAUUCGGAGGUGGGAUAUUAGCGAAACGAGUUGUUAUAUCUGUGUUAUGUAAAAUGUGUUCGUUAUUUUGAUUUUUUUUUAAUAAUUUGACCGCUUGUAAGGGCGCUAUCACAUUAGCGGGAGCGCACUCCGCUUUUAUAAACUCGCCAGUGUGAUAGCGCCCUAAAGUUCGUAAUAAUAGGGUAAACUGUCCUUUUAUUGGCCACUUAUUAAACUUGUGUCAGGAACUUUAGCAAAAUCCGAAACUCAAUCAUAUAAUAAAAUUCAUGAAUAGGUAUUUUGCCAAUUAAAUAAACAAGUUUAAAAGUUGUCAAUCUACAGGAAAAUUAUAACAAGUGUUUCAGAUUACUUGUUAAAUUAUAACGAAAAACAGUGAUUUCCGAAUGUUUUGUUCUUGUUAUAUUUUAUUUUAUUUGAAAUGUUACUUUUGACAGCAUUUUGUAACUACUUGUCCGUUUGUAUAGUUUUAGUUAGAGACAAUUAUUACUGUAACAAGUGACUAAUUUUUGCAUUAUAACAAGCUAGAUACAUAAAUUCAAAAUAUUGCUCAUUAGAUGAUUAACACAUUGUUAUAAAUUUCACAUUAUACUUACUUAGUUUUAAGAUCGAAUUUAUGCAGCUUAAAUCACAACCUUGCUCAUGGUUUAUAGAAUAGGUACCCAAGCCUACCAUUUCAAACCUGCCCUUAUAUAAAUUAAACAGUCAUUCUGUGUAUAGUGUAGGUAUAUACGCGUUUUUUACUAGCCUAUGAGAGUAUUCUACUGCUGGGCAAAGCCACUCUCCACUCUCUUUAGUCACUCUUUACAAAAUAUAACGAAACAUCUUCGGUCUGGGCCAUGUCUGUCUACACUAUGUGAAAUUGGCAGUCUUAUUGAAUCAUGCCCACAUCAAAAAUGCCGUUUUUGGACCGCAUUCCAGUACAAAAGUCAAAACGUUGUCAUGUCACUUAAUAAAAUCUAUUAGAUGUGUGAUUUUGUCACUAUUUUGGCGCGGUGUGUAAUGUUGAACAAGUUUGCGGUAGUAGGCGUGUAUAAAAAAAUAGCAAGAAAAUAUCGUGAGAAUUCUUUUACACAGUAGUGUUAGUGUAUGCUAGCACUUACUUAAUAAGUAUUUUUACCUUUUAUCCGUACCAUAUUAUAUUUGUAUCCUCUUUGGGAAUAAUUUUCAUAUAAAGUCAUUGCAAAUACCAUGCACAGUAAGCUAGGUCCGUUUCGAUUUUUGUGCACGCAUGAUGGCUGGUGAUCACUAGAAUAGAAGUUAGGGUGACGAAAUAAGUAAAGUGAGUUGAACUUGUUCUAGAGAUCAUGCAGGCAAGCAUGGUCGCGCGAUAAAUGAUAAACGCACUAUUUGUAAGUUCGAUAGGGACGGUCUGAUAUUUUAUCAUAUAUCGCGCGACCAUGCCUGCCUGCCAGUUCACUUUAUAUUUUAUCACUUCUUCACCCUUACUAGAACUAUUACUGUCCUAAUGUAGUUAUGAUGUGGGAUUUAAAAGUUUAAGUGCGUACUAAGUUUAAGGAAGUUUUCCGUUUAACCUUUUGAACGCCAUCCGCCAAACCCUAGAACGCCAUGUAGACGCUAUCAUUGGCAGUCUGGCACUUAAGCAGGAAAAUAAAAACCGCUUUACUUUGACAAUGUAACGUACAUCAUAGUACAUGGCGUCACGAGGUAUAUUGAAUUAGUAUGUUUGGCGCUACGGGUACGACUUUUAACGACGCCUUUCAUGGCGUUCAAAAGGUUAAAAGAAGGGUAGGGGGUUGAGACACGAGGUUUCGUCAGAAAUACCUUAUUUUUUUUCGAAUUUCAGAUUCUUACAAACUUCCGGUUUAGUUUUUUGGCUCAUCUCAAUCCCUUAUUGCACUUGCCUAGUUAUAUUUUGUUUGUGCCAUAGACUAGCCCACAACUUUGCAGGGUCACUUGAAAUGUUUCUAUUUAGGUUAUUGUUUCAGUAUAUUUAACUUGUUCUAGUCUAACUCGCGUUUCUAAUUAUUAAUUAAGUAACUUAUGGCUACAAGUGUGCGCUUUCAUGUACCAACUUGCGUUUUUUGUACAAACUCACUCGUUUGCGCUUUCAUGUACAAACUCAAGUUAUUUUAAAGAACCCUAGUAUCAUACGGUAUUAGUACACGUCAAAGACAUAUAUGUAUAACUCCGUAUAGACAGUUAAAGUCUAAGAAAAAAACGUACCUCAGUACCAUACAGAAAAAGGUACGGCGGUGGCCUAGAUGGCAUUACACCUUUGGGGUA